GGCCGACAAGGUUUUUGAUCACAGUUCCCAGCUAGCUGCUGCAUGAUGUGUCCAAAGUGAUCGGUAACAAUGGGGAUCGGGGACCCCGGCACAUCGGGGCGGACAGACAUUAGAAAUCAUCGCAGGGACAGAGCCCGCCAGGGCGGGUAAAGCGAGGACCAAACACCGCCACCGAAUUGCAAUAGACUGGGAAUCUUGGGAUAGCGACUGUCAAUUUUUUUUAGGUAACUAGGAAAAAUAGACACACCGGUCGGGUGAGCUGUUGGAAUCUGUGCAAGGCAGUGCAAAGAUUUACGCUGAUUCUGGAUCAGAGCGCUGUAAAACCGCCUGGAUAGGGGUGGGUGCUCCGGGAUAUUCCAUGCAGCAGAACACGGAUAAUAUCAGAUUUGCGCUGUAAUAUACAGAGACACCUAUAGAAGCAGUAAGUAGGGUACUUGUUUUUUGUUUCCGCGGGGCGGCGAUGUCAACGUUCUGCCUGGACUUCACCUCGUCCCCGGCAGGAACUUCAGCACCAUCAGAGCUGGACAGCGACUGCAUGGAGCACACCUCAGACCACAACAUGAAACCCCCUCCGAGCACCGGGGGCUUUCUACAGGAUCUCAACGGGCGAUCGCUCCUCUACCCCGUCCCGGGAGGCCUGGGGCUAGCGCUGGAAGAAGAGCUGGCCAUGCUUGUCGGGGAGCAGGAUGACGGUGGAGAUAUGGCUGGGUUGGAAGCUCCUAUCAACGGGCAGGACCCCGACUUGCUGACGCUAAUUAGGCAUAAGGAAAAGGACUUGGUGUUGGCUGCUAGACUAGGGAAGGCUCUGCUUGAACGGAAUCAGGAUCUGACUCGGCAAUAUGAGAACAUGCACAAAGAUCUGACCGAACAGUUAGAGCUCUUGGAGCAGGAGAAGCACGAGCUGCGGCGGCGCUGUGAGAGCCGGGAAGGGGAGUGGGAGAGUCGCGUGGCCGAGCUGGAGGGGGACGUGCAGCAGCUGCAGGAGGAGCUGGAGCAGCACCAGACCCAGCUGAGAGAGGUGGAGAGAGAGAAGAGCCGGGUUGUCAAGGAGCUCUCCGAACAGAACCAGAGGCUCCUGGAGGAGCUCAGCCGGGCGGCGGUGGUGGAGCGGGAGCUGUCUGUCCAGGUCCACGCUCUACGAGACGAGUUCCAGGAGAAGAGCGUCUCCACCAACCAGCACAUGUCGCGUCUGGAGAGUCUGCAGGCUGAGCAGGUCCUAGAAAUAAAGAUGCUGUCCGAUCGCAAGCGGGAGCUGGAACAGCACGUAAGAGCCACGCUGCAGGAGAACGAGAUACUGCAGAGCACGAUAGAGGACCUGCAAGAGAGGACGCUAAUGCUGGAGCGACAGAGUCACGACAAGGACCUACAGCUGCGUCAGAACCAGCUGGAGCUGCAGGAGGUGCGCCUGUCUCACCGGCAGCUGGCAGCGCGCAUGGAGGAGCUGAGCGAGGAGAGGAGUCUGCAGAGCCUGGGCCCCACAUCUACCUCCCUGCUGUCUGAGAUAGAGCAGAGUAUGGAGGCAGAGGAGCUGGAGCAGGAGAGGGAGCAGCUGAGGCUGCAGCUGUGGGAAGCUUUUUGCCAGGUGCGUUCACUGUGCUCACACCUCAGAGGAAAUGAUGUCACAGACUCUGCCCUGUCCACGGACUCCUCCAUGGACGAGUUGUCAGAGACGUCUUCGGCGAAGGAUGUCCCAACAGGCAGCCUGGAGACGGCGCUGCACGAGCUCAAGAGACUCAUACAGAACCUGCUGGACGGCAACGAGUCUAUGGGCUCCCGGCGCAGUGACGAGGAGGCUCUGGAGGAGCAGGUGAGGAAGCUGGGGGAAGAGUCGCGCACACUGCGGGAGCUGUACCAGGGCGAGCAGAGCAAGGCCAGGGCCAGCCAGGAGGAGGCGCUGCAGCUUCAGAACCAGGCCACGCUGCUCUCCCUGGAGGUGAGCUCGUUGAAGGAGGAGAGGGAGCGACUCAGAGCCAUGACAGAGGAGCAGGAGCAGAGCGAGCAGGUCCAGAGAGCCAUCCACGACCGCGACGAAGCCAUCGCAAAGAAGGCCGCGGUGGAGGUGGAGCUGGCUAAGUGCAAGAUUGACAUGAUGGCUCUGAACAGCCAGCUCCUCGAUGCCAUCCAGCAGAAAGUGAACCUGUCCCAGCAGCUGGAGGCGUGGCAGGAUGACAUGCACAGGGUCAUCGAUCAGCAGCUGACAGACAAGCACCAGGAGGAGUGGAGUGAAACGCCCUAUUCCUUCUCUAGGGGGGCGGGCCGACGCAGCAGAGCGCCUCCCCAUGCCAGGCUGGAGCGAGCCGGGGAGGACAGCGCCACGGGAGGGGGCGAGGGGAAGAGCCUCUUCUCCUUCUUCAAGAAGAACUGAGCCUUUCAGAUACUAUCAUAUGACAUUUUAUAUUUAUAUUCAUAAAAAAAGAGACUAUCGUCAGCCAGGGCGAACCCAAAGAAUGAAAAGUAUUUUUUGCUAAAGGUUUAAGAUCUAAAUGUUUACAUGAGUUCGGUUUCUGGAAUUCGAUUUAGACAAGGGAUGCUCAAUGGAAGGGGUCAGCACAGUAAUUAUUGAUAUUUUUAUGUUGAUCGCAGGAAGUUUCGUUCCUACAGCAAGAAAAAAUGAAAAGCUGAGAAUCAAGUCUGGUGAAAAAGAUGGCGAUGGAACACUGAUGCUCUGAGUUGAGCUCGAUACACACUAGUCAUCACAGAAGCGAACUCCAAUGAUCAGGACUGGAAUUCUGUCUCCAGAAUUGUGAACAGGACUGUUUCCUGCAGGCUGUGCUUAAGUGCUUGACAGUCAGGUUCCAGUUUCUGUCAAAGGCAGGAAGUCCGGAGAAACUAUUUCCCUUUGUCCUUAAUUUAGAAUGAAAAAGCUUUCUGAUCCCUCUCCCUGUAUGAAAGUGUGUGCUCUGGAGUUAUUUGAAAUGUUUCCGAUCCCUCUCCCUGUAUGAAAGCGUGUGCUCUGGAGUUAUUUGAAAUGUUUCCGAUCCCUCUCCCUGUAUGAAAGUGUGUGCUCUGGAGUUAUUUGAAAUGUUUCCGAUCCCUCUCCCUGUAUGAAAGUGUGUGCUCUGGAGUUAUUUGAAAUGUUUCCGAUCCCUCUCCCUGUAUGAAAGCGUGUGCUCUGGAGUUAUUUGAAAUGUUUCCGAUCCCUCUCCCUGUAUGAAAGCGUGUGCUCUGGAGUUAUUUGAAAUGUUUCCGAUCCCUCUCCCUGUAUGAAAGCGUGUGCUCUGGAGUUAUUUGAAAUGUUUCCGAUCUCUCUCCCUGUAUGAAAGUGUGUGCUCUGGAGUUAUUUAAAAUGUUUCCGAUCUCUCUCCUUGUAUGAAAGUGUGUGCUCUGGAGUUAUUUGAAAUGUUUCCGAUCUCUCUCCCAGUAUGAAAGUGUGUGCUCUGGAGUUAUUUAAAAUGUUUCCGAUCUCUCUCCUUGUAUGAAAGUGUGUGCUCUGGAGUUAUUUGAAAUUCUAAACCCUGAAGCAAUAGUGAACGUCUGGCACUUUAUCUGCACCACGGAGUAGGAUUAGUCCCAUUGAAAUCCUGUUCGCUUCUAAAGGAAAUUCAGCAGGAUUGUAUUUUGCAGAAUAGGGAAGGGGUGGCAGUUCCUGAAAACACGGAGCACUUUGACGGGAGAACAAUGUUAUGAUAAUCUGUCAAUCAAUGGUGGUACCUUAAUAUACCUUGUAUGUUCUGUGUUUAAUGCUGUUCUUAUGUAUGUUGUACAGCUACAUAUAUGUACAGGGUUGGGGAGUAACUCGCUACAUGUAAACUGUUGUUGUCAUUUUUUCAGUAGUAUCAAAGGGUUUGCUUCUUUUUAGGGACGGGUAGUGAAAAUGUGAAAACAUGACUUCUGGUUCCAUGUUGUUUUUUCAAACCAUGGGGAUGUGAAGACACUUGAGCAGCACAGUUCAGACCUGGAUCCCUUUUCAUAUCAUCUCACUGCAAACCGGCUUCGGAGGAGGGAUCGAGGGGGUCCCAGAGCUGGAUCUUCAGAGAAUAUUUCCAUCUGCAGCCUGACCAACCUGGAGAAAGCAGCUCUGAAAAACAGAAACUGGAACCACUUGCACUUCUUUCAAAACGAGAAGUUACUGUAACUAAUUACAAUUGUUAAAGUAACUCAACUAUAACAAAUUACUUUUGAAAAGGAGCUUCCCCAACACUGUUUAUGUAUGUGUGUGUGUGUGUGUGUGUGUGGAUAUAUAUAUAUAUAUAUACACACACAUACACACACACAGACUAAGAAUCCAGCAUCAGUUUCAGUUCGGGUUCAGAAACCACUCCUGCCAUUGCAGGUUUUACUUUGUGUUUGUUGGACUGUAGAAUGUGGAAUGCAAAGAUUGAUGACUUAAUGUAUGAAACACUGUGGGCAUCUUGCAAUGUGAAAAAUGAUCAUUUGUACAUACAGAACAUGCAUAGUAAGGUACAGAAGACAGUUUACAGCUGUUCAUUUUUCUAUAUGGAAAUGAAUUUCUAAUGCAGUAUGUACUAUUUGUAUAUAUAUUUAAAAAGUGUAGUGUUUUAUAUGCACCUGUAUAUGGAAAAUGCUUAUUUUUAGUAUGAAAACCACUGUAAACACAGCUUUUUAUA